AAUCGAAAAGUUACAAGAAAGUAAUAUUGAAAAUACCCAAAAUUUUAUGGUUUCUUUUAGUUUCUAAAAUCCAUGUAAAUGAUGUUAGUGAAUUAUAUUGUAAGGAACAAAUACAUAUUUUAUUUCAAGGAAAUAAAACUUAUAUCAUGAAAUUUGAGAGUUUUAGAUAGUCAUUAAUUAUUAUAUAGAGCGUUUUGGACUAUAAAUCUCUUGAAGAAUUUAGACAUUACAAAAGCCAUUAAUGGAAAAAAGCGGUUUAAAAUUCAGAAUGCAUGGGAAAAGCAAAGUCUAAUUAAUGGGUUUCACAUGGUAAGCAGGUGAGGAAUUGUGUCUGAGUCAUCAAGAUCCGGCGCCGUUCGCUUUUAGAUACCGACGUCAAGAAAAUAAAAUGGCAACAAUUAAAAGUUUGGUAAUGACGAAGCCCAUUUCACCUUUCAAAAAUGUCUUCUCCUUCUUUUGUCUAAUAUUCUCUUAGAAAAUAAUUUAUAUCUUUUGCUUAGAUUUCAAAAGGAUUCAAUCCAAGUUUUCUUUUGGUGGGAUAAAGAAAAAGAUGAACAUGUAACAUGGGAUCCAAAGUCUAAAGAAAAGUAUAUUUUGUGAAAGCUUUUAACAAAGAGAAAAUUGGUGACACAUUUUACACUAAAUCCAAGUCACUAGAUCCUAAAAAGCUUAUAACAUGACGACCUCAACAACAUGCACCUCAUCUCUCCUGCAUACAACCCAAUCACUGUCGUCAAUAUUAUAUAUGCACACACCUAAGUUCGUGUAUCUCUAUUAUAUAUAGAUAAGUGUGCAUAAUUUGAGUUAUAAAUUGGAAUUCCGUCAAAAUACAUAGUUAACCUAUAAUGGGUGAUCUUCAAAUCGUGCCGGUGUACAACAAGGUGGAAGCACAGUACGUAGAAAUGAUGGUGCCUUUGUAUUCUUACGGUUGCGAGAAGAAAGUCAAGAGGGCUCUUUCUCAUCUCAAAGGAAUAUAUUCAGUGAAAGUAGACUACUACAAUCAGAAGGUGACGGUGUGGGGGAUUUGUAACAAGCUCGAUGUGUUAGCGAUGGUGAAAAAGAAGCGAAAAGAAGCUCGGUUUUGGAAUAUAGAGGAACAUAAUAAUCCAGAGAGCGUUGAUUGCAUCGUCAUAAAGGACGUUGAUGAUUGCAUCGUCAUGAAGGAAGAUACUAGGAAAACUUCUGUUGAUACCGAUAAAUCAUCAGCGUUUUAUACGUAUUCUACGUCGCCUCCGAGAUUUAGUAUAAGACCUCCUUUGUCACUCAUUAGAACCUCUUCAUUCACAUGGAAAGCCGUGAAGAAGAUUUAUAUUUUCCCUGCAAAAAUCUUUCUUGGGACACAUUUAAUUCAUCUUUCGAGGUAAAGUGAUACGCUUUAUCUUCCAGUCCACUGUAACGAACUGAGAUCAUCCACUACUUUAUCGGGCAAAGGCCUAGUUCCUCUUUCAGAGGCAGAGGAAGACAUAACUAUGAUGAGAACCCGCAGCGGAAGAUCAACCAGGACCAGAUCUGGUCUCUCAGAUCCAAUUCCCAUCCCCGUUGCAGAACCAGCGAUCGCAGAAGAAGUGAAUUCAGAGUCGGACAAUGACUCGGUAGCUACAUCAGAGAAUGAUUCAGAUGAGGGGACACAAGUGAUCGACGAGGAAGAAGAAAACGCAAGGCGAAAGAAGCGUCGCAUUGUACUAAAUCUCCGCAAGGCUAUUCAAAAUCUGAAAGAAUGUCUCCACACUCUUGAUAGUUAAAAACCCUCAAAGGCUUCGUCUUUUAACAGUGUGACUACUACUGACACUCUUUCUCUGCAUGUUGCUCUCUAUCUACUCAUGUCAUGACUCUUGGUGUAACUUCUUUUAGGUUGUUUCUGUGUAUGUUUUGUAAGCUUUAAGUUUAACUAUGAAUGUCUUUUUUGUUAACAUAUGGAUGUAAUUCAAGGAACGAUGAGAUGUUCAAAAAGGGAAAGAAAAGAAU